AUAAUUGUAAUCGUGAUAUUUAAUUAUGAUUCAUACAUUAUAAUAUUUUUUAUAAUAUUCAUGAUUUCUUUUCUAUUUGUUGAUAUUCAAAUUUUCUUUAGCGUUAGUAAAGUCAUUGAAAAGCUACCUUAAAGAAACUGUCUGAUUAGCUGAGGAGGAAAAGUAGCAGAGUUAUAUCGAUCCGGGUAUACGCGUUACGAGUUACGACAUGUUGGCGCCGCAUUUUUUAUCGAUAUCGUAUUGCUAGUCGCUGAAGAUCACCAGUUUCGAUAUUACGGUAUUGUUGGGACCAUUUCCGCUAUGCAACGAUAACGAUAGAUGUCAUCAGGAAGGUAAAAAAUUAUAGAUAUAGGUGCGCGAUAUAUGUGUAUACGUGUCGAGUGUUUCUACAUUUAAUAUGCAUCUCCAUCACGCCGAUGCGCGCCAUCUUUGAAGCCGUCCGUGAAGCGGCCACUGUUGUCACCGGAUGCCCUAUUUAGCCUGAUUUAGCCGCCUCUGUCCUUCAAUCCGAGGCGCAUUUUCAAUAAGAACCCUGUGAUUAUACGAGAUGUGGUCUUGCGUGUGUGAAAAACGUGUGAUUUUUCUGUGGGAAAAGUGAGACCGUCGUUGAACACGAACGCCGGCGCGGUAACGGAUCGUUCUCGCAGUCAGGCACCGGACAAAAACUACGCUUGUGCUCCAACAUGAACGACGUUCUCCAUUGCAGCUGUAUAGUCGUUGUGGGUGCGCAAACGAAGAGAAAGUCCCAGAGGCGCGCACACUUGCAUUCUUGAUGCAUUCCGGGUUGUUACGAACCGAGAUUUUAAAUCACAGCGUCGAAUAAAUAGCAAUCUUUAAUAGUAAUGAUAAAGCUGAGAAAAAGAUAUAUAAUGGACAUGAAGAGAUCUCCACUGGCAUGGAGCUAGGAGCGCACUGAUAGCGUUAGUUUACGAGAUCUUGGUUUCUAUGCAUUGCCUGCCAAAGAAGAACUGAGCCCAAUGUUUCCACACAAUUCUAGUUCACAUGAGAUUUCUACAGAAACAAAUGCCUUCGUACAAAAUUCCAUGGGGGAUGUAGUAGUAUUAGGGGAAAGCAGUCUGGAUGGGGUGGGGGAAGGGGAAGGAUCAGAGCACACUAGGUACUGUGAUAUCGAAUCGAUAGCAAACAGCAGCAUGAUGGCAGCACCUAUUAGCCAUCCCGAAGCUACCGCCGCCAAUGACUUUUCAACCGUCCUGCUGAACCAAGCUGGUGAGUUCAACUCAACCGGCAUAGGUAAGGCCUGCCAGUCAGUGGCGCCAGCAACCACAAAAUACCCAACAAAUCACCUUCUAAUCUGCGAUAAUAAUAAUAAAAUAAAUAAUCACAACAAUGCAGAACAUAAUCAUCACAAGUACAGAAAGCAAAACACACCGGGCUUGCUUGGUUUACAGCUGGGCAGCUCCGCCAAUAACUCUAAGUCUAUUUGUAAGACAUUAAGUGAUAAUAAGACUAGCUUUAGUAAUCUAUAUAUUAGAGUAUGUAUAAGGGUACGUGUAAAUUUUGAAAGGGAUGAAGCGUAUCGCGCCGUUGGGGUACCUAGCCUAGUUAGGAUACCCAAGUCUGAUAGUCCCCAACGGUUGUUACGCCUCCCUAACUCUGACGACAAUUACUCCUUACUAGGGUCCUGCCUUGACCUAGGCGACAACAAUAAAUUUAAGGCUAAUUUUAGUUAUGUAAGUAAUAACAACUCCAAGUCUGUGAUAUUGCUCAGCUCAACCAGUUACAGUAAUCAUUACCUCCUCUUUAGUGGUGGCUUUGACAAGAUAGUUGCUGUCAUCCCGGUUCUUUGUAUUAAGAGGGUCGAUUCUACCACCACAUCGAAUAGAAUGAAACUACUAGGUGAUAAGUACGCCCUAGUUACCAGUUUUGCUCAGAUUUCCAGACUGCUUGCAAACAAUAGAAGUCUGGACGAUUCUAACAUCCGAGUCUCGCUGAGCCGCCGAAUAGUACGACACCUCUUGAAAUUGCAUUUUAACGGCAACACUCUAGUACCGGUGUCUGUUUAUUAUGCUCAGAAUUUUGCGAUGUACGCCGCCAGUUCUUCCAUUACGCUUAUCGUUUUCAGAAACGAAGUAAUUGACCACACUUUGCGAUCUUUCCUGAAAAAUCUCACACAAUUAUAUGUACAAUCUUCUAUUUCUCCAUUAUGUAAUGUCACUGUGACCGAGCUGAUGCAACACAUAUGUGUUCCAUUAUUAGUAAUAUGUAAAAGUAAUGAUUACAACGUUGGUAAUAAUUAUAAUGAAUAUUAUAAUAACGAGUACAGUAACGUUGGUAGUAUUGAAGAGGAAAUUAAUAUUAAUAUUAAUAAUAAUAAUAAUAAUCCAGAUGUUAUCGGAAACAUUGUUGACAUCGCUGUGUGCUACAAGACUAGUGUAAUGACUACUAAUGUUAGAAUCUUAGGGUCUCAAAAUGAUGGUAUUAGUUGUACCGAAGCAACAAUAUUUACUGUUGGUGCUCUUUUAUUUCAGGAUAACAAUAAGCCUCUAACCACUUGUUUUAAGAUUAGUAAAUAUAAUAGGGGAUUGGUCGCUACCGAUCGUGAAUCUAACUCUACCAUUAAGUUUGUAUGUAGGUCUACGCUAAGCGAUAAAUGUAAUAGUAAUGUUAAGUUUGAAACAUCUCAUGCCGCUCGACUUGACAAAUCUGACAACAGAAAGCAAGUUAAGUUGACUGUCAACAUUCCUAUAAUGACUACCUGCAAGCCUACGAUGACGCUUACAUGCCAAUCAGCCACCGUCGCAUCCCAAACAAUUGCUGUACCUGUGUCUCGGGCGGAGAUUCGCACGAACGAUAAUGAAAUGCGAUUGGAAUAUUUCAAUGUACUCCAAAAUGACCAAAUAUGUAUCCAAUAUAUGUUGCUAAGUCAUACUACAGAUGAUCUUAAUAAGAAUGACUACUUGUGUCAUUAUGACGCAACUAAAUUUAAACUCGUGCAAAUUUAUGCUAUUGACAAGCUCAAGGCUACUACAACAACAUCGAAAGAUGACGCUCAGUUGAUCUGCAAAUAUGACCGAGAUAAUCUUAGACGCGACCAAAGUCGUAAGAAUGAUGACGAUGAUAAUGAUGAUAAUAAUGAUAAUAAUGAUACCAUCAUAUGCAACAGCAACGAAGAUUCCAUUGUAUCGUCUACGUUGCAAUGGUCAUACCUUAUAAAGUGUGUGCGUGCGUUAGUUCCUGCUUGUCGAAAAACAUGCGAGAAGUACGGGAGCGAGUAUGGAGUUCAACGACGUCAACUAAAAUCCAUCUUGGACAUCCUGUUUCGUAAUCCUGUUGCGCAAUUAUAUCACAAAUACAACGAGCCUAUUACAAGUUAUAAACAACGUUGGGGCAUACCAAUAGUCCUACGAUUAGCAGGGGGCGGAGAGAGUUCCUUGAAUAGCGGUGGAGCUACCAAUUGGGGAACGACGCAAGCCACUACGCCAAAUAACAACAAUACGAAUCAGAGUGGAUGGGGUGGUACACCCGGAAAUCCACCCGGUGGUGCUAAUGCACCGAAUAAUUGGGGCGGAAGCACCGUCAACCGAUCUGUCACUGGAAAUCCAAAUCAAAAUCAAAAUCAAGGACCACCUGGAAGCCAAAAUAAUCCGGGUAAUGUGAGCAAAGUUUCUAAUCCCAAUCAACAAUCGAAUCAACAAUCUGGUCCGCCAACGUCUCAAUCAAAUAAUCCUACUCAAGCGAAUCAGAAUAAUAACCAAUGGCCUCAGGGAAAAUCUAACAACCCAGGUGGUCUUGGACAAAAUCCAUCAGUGCAAAAUAAUAACAGUAGCGGCGUCCAACAACAACAAUCUUCAGGUUCGAGUGCGAAUAACAAUCAAUCGAAUAAUCCUACCCAGGGAGCUGUGAGUAUCGGUAAUACUUCGGCAACUAAUAACCCGUCUACGAAACAGCAACUCGAGCAACUCAAUACGAUGAGGGAAGCGCUUUUUAGUCACGAUGGUUGGGGCUGUCAAAACGUGAAUCAAGAUACGAAUUGGGACGUGCCGACAUCUCCUGAACCAAGCAUGACCAAAGACGGUGUACCGAUCUGGAAACCACCAGUGAACAACGGUACCGAUCUAUGGGAGGCGAAUCUGCGUAACGGCGGACAGCCGCCACCUCAACAGCAGACAAAAACACCAUGGGGCCAUACUCCGGCGACCAAUAUUGGUGGCACCUGGGGCGAAGAUGACGAAACAGCUGAUUCGUCUAACAUGUGGACUGGUGCACCGACGCAAUCACAGCCGAGCGCUGCUCAAUGGACCGGUGCUGCUGGCAAUCAAGCUGGAUCCAAUUGGGGCGAUCCCAGACUAGACCACAGAGAUCCAAGAGAUUUGCGAUCUGUGGAUCCCAGAGAGAUGCGUGACCCUCGGGAUCACCGUAUGUCCUUGGAUCCACGAGAUCACAUGCGUGUAAUGGAUCCGAUGGCUCGUGAUCCACGAAUGGCCGACAUGCGUGGUGAUCCGCGUGGGAUAUCAGGACGUUUGCAUGGCGCAAACGCAGAUGCGAUGUGGAAUCAACCGCCUGGGCCUCCUGGACAUCAUCAGAUGGGUCAUCAACACCCGUCUGGACCGCCGGCCAAGAUGCUUAAUCCAUCGAACAUGAAUCAGUGGGCCGCGCCACCGCCGAAGGAUAUUAUGCCUGGCAAACCAACCGGUUGGGAAGAACCCUCACCGCCGACACAACGACGCAACGUACCCAAUUACGACGAUGGUACUAGUCUCUGGGGAAAUCCGGGUGCUAAUCAGCGGUCAAUACCAGGUAGCAAAGUGUCACAUUGGAAGGAUAUGCCUGCACCAAAUUUGGCUCGUGGAGGCAUGCAAUGUCCACCGGGUAUGCCACAGAACAGAAUGCCAGGACAACCUGGAAUGAAACCAGACGUAGGUAAUCCUAUGUGGGGUCACCCUGGCGCUCCGAGCGGACGCAACGGAACUUGGACAGACGGGCCGCAUGAUCCCACAACCUGGGGGGAUGACCCUAAACCUACUACAUGGAAUGAACCUCAAAUAAAUCCAGCUUGGGGUGGUCCAACUGCGCAUAAGCCGAAGCCUAUGGGACCUGCUGGUAGUUGGGGCGACUCUGAUAUGGAUCCGACUCCUAGCUGGGCGCAUCCUACAAAGCCCACUUUAACGAAGGAAGUUAUUUGGAAUAGUCGCGAGUUCCGAUAUCUCUGCGAAUUAGGAUUUAAGAAAGAAGAUGUUGAAGUGGCAUUAAGGAAUCGAGAGAUGAACCGAGAUGAGGCACUGGAACUUCUCAAUCAAAUACGUCCUCUCGAUCAGUGGAGACGCCACGAUACGCACUCGGGUUAUGAUCCGGCGCAUCAAGCGACCACCGCGCCUGCAUAUCCCCGAUUCAAUCAUGUGGGACAGCAGAUGUCAUUUCCUCCGGGCGGAGGAGUGCCCAGUGGGGCGACCAGUGGGGGCGUAGGUGGUUCUGUCACCAGUGCUAGUCUUCUCAAACUUCAACAACAGCAACAGCAACAAACAGCUGUUCCGCUACAGCAACAGCAGCCAAGUACUAAUGCGCCACAACCUCCUUUCAAUCAGGCAUCUCGCACAACACAAAAUCAGCCAAGUACACAGCAAUUGCGUAUGCUCGUGCAGCAAAUUCAAUUAGCUGUCCAUGAAGGAUAUCUGAAUCAUCAGAUUUUAAAUCAACCACUAGCGCCUCAAACUCUGAUGUUACUAAAUCAAUUGCUGCAACAAAUCAAGGUUCUGCAGCAAUUGCAUCAACAGCACACUCUUCAGAAUACUUCAAUGAAAGGAAGCAAUCAGUCUGCUCUGCAGAUUAGUGUUCAAAUUACAAAAACCAAGCAGCAAAUCACGAAUUUGCAGAAUCAGAUCGCGGUACAGCAAGCGACGUAUAUGAAACAACAACAACAACAUCCAGCUCCUCCAUCACAAGCGUCAGAGUACUAUAAAUCAUCUGUGCACGAUCCUAUGUCAGCUUUGCAAAACAGUUUUAGUGAUUUAACGAUGAAUAAAGAACCUCCGGUGAGUCAACAACAAUCGAGAUUAAAUCAGUGGAAGCUGCCAUCGCUCGACAAGGACGGUGAUUUGGUGUCAAACGAAUUCUCCCGCGCUCCCGGAACUACAAGUAAACCGCCCACAACACCUGGUGCUUUGACUCAAUCGCAUAGUAGUCCAAACAUGAAUCCAUUGUUAGGUCAAAGCGACGGCACAUGGUCUUCUCGACUCGGCGAUAGCGGUUGGCCUGAUCCAGGUAACAGCGAUUCGACUGAUGGAAAGGACUGGCAACCAGGUGGUGCUGCAUAUACAGACCUUGUACCGGAAUUUGAACCAGGGAAGCCAUGGAAGGGUACCCAGAUAAAAAGCAUCGAGGAUGAUCCUAGCAUCACUCCCGGCUCUGUUGUGCGCUCUCCGUUAUCUCUAGCAACUAUUAAAGAUCCUGACACGAUUUUUUCAUCGAGUAGCAAAACAUCACCGCCACCGCAAACAGCCAAUCCUGACACAUCGAUCCCGAGUCUAAGUAAUUCUACGUGGACAUUUAAUCCACCAGCUACCACACCUAGUGCAUUUACUAGCACUUCCAAGAAUACAUGGGGAGAGUCUGCUCCUCCGCCAACUGCUGUGACUUCAGAACUAUGGGGUGCACCGAUGAGCAAAGCGCGCGGUCCACCUCCUGGUUUGGGUAGUAAAGGGGCUACGAACGCAAGCAAUGGCUGGGGAGCUGGCUUAGGAAGUGUCAGUAGAUCGUCCAGUUCAUGGGGUCUUCAAUCGUCGUCGGUUAGCAAUUCGAGUUGGAUGUCUACUUGGCUUCUAUUGAAGAAUCUUACUCCACAAAUUGACGGUUCUACUUUGAAAACAUUAUGUAUGCAACAUGGACCGGUUCAAGAUUUCCGUCUUUACCAGAAUCAUGGAAUUGCUUUGACGAAAUAUUCUUCUCGCGACGAGGCAAUCAAGGCACAAGGAGCCCUAAACAAUUGCGUCCUGGGUAACACAACGAUAUUUGCCGAGUCGCCCGCAGAGAGCGAGGUGCACACGAUUCUGCAGCAACUCGGCCACGGCGGACAACAACAGGCCGGUGGUUCCGGUGGAGCUGGUUGGGGCCUUAGACCAACUAACAAAGCUGGCCCGCCGCCUGACACAUGGGGAGGCAGUUCUAGUCAACUCUGGGGCGCCCCGCCCACUAGCAAUUCCCUGUGGAGCAAUGCCGGAAUAGACAACAGUGACCAGCAACGAGCAACUCCCAGUUCUCUCAACUCGUAUUUACCCGGAGAUCUUCUGGGAGAAGACCCAUGGUAGUACGAGGAGGAUGAGGGAGGAAUCCGAUAAGAGAAAUCCAUUCACUCCCGAUGAUAUCAAUAAUUAUAUGCUUAGAAAAGCGCCACUGUGUUUGCAGUUAGUCGCAAAGCUCGAUUCCGGGUCACAGGAAAAUUAUCCUCAAGGGCUUACAUACUAUACAUACCGACUCGUGCUUCUACAUUGCGAACGUCAUCGCGUAAUGUAAAUAUCAGUUGUUUAACCAGCUUGCUUGAGUAUAUUGAAUAUAUUGUUGUUGCGUCGCAUUAGAAUUGUACCGCGCAUUUUUUAUAAUAAUAGAAUCAUUAAUUUAAUAUCCACAUAUAUAUGUACAGUCAGUGCAUUUUCUCUAUUUGUAUAUCGGAAUCCGUCUUAUCUUGAUAAUGAAAAGAAAUGUCGAAGAGAUAUCGAAACAUUGCCUUUUGAAGAGAAAUAUCAAACGGUUUUGCGCGUGUUAUAUAGAAUUGUAUUGACAGUAAACUAAUUAAUUGGAUAAUUAAGUAAGUUAACGUAAGUUGGCUAUUUUCUUGUAUAUUCCAUCUAUAACAUAAUACAUAUAGAAAAAAAGAAUUUUAAUUAACCGGAAAAAACUCGACAUUAUUAGAUAAAUUGACAAAUAUUAGUUAAUUUAGAAGAUAAACAAAUCAAUACCUCGCGUUGGAAAUUUGUUAAAUAUUAGUAUGACAGAUAAUUAAUAAAAAGGUUUUAAGUAUAGUGCUUUUUUAAUCACGUACUUCAGUGAAGUGCUUUAUAUACUUUAUUAUUCGAGAUUAUUCAAGUUCUUAUUUUGUGGAUUGCUUUGAUUAUUAGGCAAUAGUAUUAUGUCUGAGAUAUAUAUACGCAUACAAAUACAUACAAUCCUGCAUGACAUUAAUCUUGUAUCGACGAUCGGGCUCUAAGAAUUACUCGGGAUGUUAGAUCCAAAUUUACUUAUAAUUGUAUUGAUACAAUAUAAAAACAAAUCUCAGUCUUAUCAAAUCUAGUCUCACUCUGCGUUUUAUACUAUUUCUGAUGAAAACAGAGCUCUUCUCCCUUAUUUUUAAGUAUUAUAUUGUCAAUUAUAUCAAUUCUUAUAUAAGUUUUGCGAUGUUAUUUCUGUGCGAAUAAAAGACAUGUGGUGCUUAUUAGAAGAAAAAGAAAAAUUAUCCAAAAAAUUUAUGUGAAAAAAAAAAGAAACUAAAUAGAACGUUCGGACGUGUGUGCGAAGAAAAAAGGCUGCAUUAAUGAGUUGACGUUUUUAAUUAACAUUUAAAAGAAAAAACAAAUUUAUAAAUCUGGAUAUUUAUUUGGUAUGCGAAUAAAUAUGUGGGAAUAAUAUUUUAAAACCGAGCAUUUUCGAGAUCGAGAUUACAGUACUCAUUCGAAACAAUUUAUUCCAAGGAUGUGCUUAUGUAGUUCGAGAUUUGUUUGUUAAACAGUUAUUAGGCAGUAAUGUAUAUGUAUCGUAUAUAAAUAUUUAGGAAUUUAUGCCGAUUUCAAGUGCGAGCUUGUAAGAGAAUUAUAUAUUUAUUAUAUAUUCUUAAUAGUUGUAACAUGCCAAUUUUAAUAUACAAUUGAUUUUCUCUAUUCCGAACUCGUCGAUUGUUUCCUCUAUUCGAAAUUUUUUUCUGAACUUUUGUGAUUUUUAAGUAAUUUUUAUUUCAAUGAUAUUUGUAUGCAGAGAAUAAAAAUGUUACGCGUUUUGUUACUUGUUCACUAAUGCGAUCGUAGUCGCGUGACUGUGAAUAAUGGGAAACAGUAUAGCAAGAGAAUUUUAUUUUAGAGAAAAGCAAGUUGAUUUGGAAUAGAGGAAAUUUUAGAAUAGUUUGGAAAGAAAAAAUUGCUUGUAUUAUGGGGCCACGUAAAAUGAUUGUAUUAAAAAUCGGGUAAGGUGUUACAUCACUGCUGCAAAGACUUUGAUAUUAAGCAUUUUAGAACAAUGAACUUUAAUUAGUCAUAUAAAGAAAGAAAUUAAUCUCGUUCAGAAUGUGUUUGUUACAGCUACUUUAAAAAACGCUUAUAAUAAGUUUUAUCCAUAUUAUAUUUUGCAAAUAAUAAAAUAUUUAUCGGCUUUUAUGUUUAUUAUAUGAUAUCGAGAAACAAUCUCUAGUGAAAUAUUCUUAGGCCAGAGCAGCUUUUAUUGAUCUUUUAAGGAUCAAUGGUAGCUAAUUAAAUCUGCGGUUUAUUGAAAUGAUUUAAUCUUACGUAAUGCGUUAUACGCUGGCGCACGGAAGAGAAAACAUCCGUAAGAAUCAAGUUUUGUCGCAUAAAAUGAAUUUUUAUUGUGAAGUGUGUAUGCCAAUAUUGUAAUUAAAGUUGUGUCUUAUAGACUGAAUAUCCUGCGGAUGUAUUAAAAGAAGAAAAGUUAUUAAUACAAAAUUCCUAGUAUGGCGAGAGCAUUCAUAAUAGAAAAAUGAUAGUUAAUUCUCUUGUAUCAAUAUCUAGAUACGAUCGACAUUACAAAUCGUUCAAAAAUUGUCCUACAUAUCCUUCUGGUCUAUAAAAGAAAAUAAAUACUUUAGAUUAAGUUAUUGUUUUUUUUUUUAUUUUAUCUUUUCAUGCGUGCACACGAAACGAGCGUAAUUUAGCUUACAACUGUCAUUUCUGACAAGGAAUAUCAAGAAAGAGACAUAGAACGCGAAACCGUUUCCUUCAGUGAAAAUAUUACGAGAUCGCUUAGUCUUAAUUAUCAUAAUCUGUCAAAGAAAAUCGUAUAAACGUCCAAUUUAUAGAAAUUUACAGAAUUACAAAUCGCGAUUUAAACGAUGGAUUGAUUUUUUCCGGUAUCUUUGAUAUAUUAUUUGGAUACUGAAGAAGAAAAGUAAAAAAAAAGAGAGAGAUAGAAAAGAGAGAGAGAGAGUCACUGCGAUCUCUCACUCUCGCAAAAAGAACACACGCGUAAAAUAUUAUUCCAGAUGCUUGUACAUGGAAAAUAGAUAUUCGAAGUACAUAUUUCAAUAGAAUUCUAGUGGAAAAUAAAAUGGCAAUAAAGGGUAAAAUUUGAAGACUUAAA